GUGUAUCAGUUAUUAAAAAGGCAGAAUACACAAUUAAUAAAUGUUAAAAUUGUUAAAACUAAGAGAAAAGAAAAUACCAAAUGACCACACUGCAGUAAAAUAAAAACAUAGGAUUUAAAGGAUGGCUAGCGUGUUACAAAACCCAGAAAAAGCAUCUGGUUUCGCGAGAGUUCCACUGGCAGCCUAUAAAGGGAGGUGGAGGGAGGACUGUGACAGGUCAGACCCUCAGCAGCUGAUACCAGACACUAUAAAUAACCUCCUGGGCCCACAUUUGACCACACGGACGCCACAUUUUCCUCUCCUGUGACUGAAGGGACAGAAAUGAACAAACCUAAAAUCCUUCGACCAGAGGAGAGCCAGCCUGCACACGCUCUGUGGUUUGACAGAAAGAAGUAUGUCACCGUCAACUUCUUGGUUCAGAAACCUAAAGACGUCCAAGUCGAUAUCCAGACGGAUAAACUGAUCUUAUGCUGCAAAAAUGACACAGACGACGUUUUCUACAAUGAGCUGUACUUCUACGAUCAAAUCCUGAAAUUUGAUUCCAGAGAAAGAGUCUAUGACCGAACCAUCAACUUCUUAUUGAGGAAGAUAAAGCCGGACUUCGCGUGGCCUCGUCUGCAGAAGGAUCCUGCGAAGCCCAGUUGGAUAUCUGUGGACUUUGACAACUGGAGGGACUGGGAGCAUGAAGAGGACGAGGGAAAGGAAGAGUAUGACAAAUAUGUGGAUAUGAUCCAGGAAAUGGCCAAAAGUAACAAAGGGGCGGUACCAGAUAUGGGAGAUCUCAGUGAUGUUAGUUUCGUGAGUUUGUGGUUUUCCGACACUAAACUGACUCAAAUGGCUUUUCAGUGUCAGCGAGACUGCUAUAUGACAGAGUUUGUCACCUCUGUAGUGUCAUGCUGCCCUGCAGAGUUAAAACAAGAGGUGAAUGGGAAGAAAGAAACCCUGAAAGGAUUCAAUGUUCAGCUUCAGGAUACCAUCCUGUUCCCUGAGGGAGGAGGUCAGCCAGAUGAUCGCGGACUCAUCGGAGAGGUUCCAGUUUUGAGGGUGACCAGGCAAGGGCCGGACGCCUUACACGAAGAAGCCGUGAACGAGAAGAUCCGAGCGCACGUCCCCGUCAACGUUCAGCUUCUCUCUGUAGACGAUCCCGCUUUGGAAAAGGUGAGGAGUAGAGGGUUGCCCGAGGAUCAUGCAGGACCAGUUCGGAUUAUCAGUAUAGUGGGCGUUGAUGACAACAUGUGCUGUGGAACGCACGUGUCAAACCUCAGUCAUUUACAGGUCAUAAAGCUGCUGGGAGUUGAAAAAGGAAAGAAAAACAAAACCAACCUGAUUUUUCUCGCUGGAAACAGAGUCCUAAAGUACGCAGAGAGAAGCUACAGCACAGAGCGCUCGCUAGUGUCUCUACUGAAGACAGGACCCGACGAGCACGUGGAGGCCGUCGACAAGCUGCAGAAGUCUGUGAAGCUGCUGCAAAAGACCAACUUGAGCCUCCUGCGCGAUCUGGCCGUCAUCAUUGCCCAGAACUUUAAGAACGACCCUCAGAAGGGAAACUUCUUCAGUUUACACAAAAAAGAAGGGGACAAUGAGUUUAUGAACAUCAUUGCCAAUGAAAUAAACACAGAGGAAACGCUGGUUUUCCUGACCGUUGGCGAAGAAAAAGGACCCGGUUUGUUCCUUCUGGCUGGACCGAGCAAACUGGUGACUGAGAUGGGAUCUCAGGUUUUAGAUCUGCUUCAGGGGAAGGGGGCCGGGAAGAACGGGCGAUUUCAAGGCAAAGCCAACAGCAUGGCGAGGAGAGCAGAGGUGGAGACUCUGCUGAGGCAGCGCUGUGAACACGGCAGCUCACAGGAAGAAUAAGCUCAGAGAAAGGAUUUUACUGAAAACAAGCCAACAUGGAAGACUUUAUGAUCUGAAGUUCCAACAUGGAGACAUUUCUGUAGCAGAGGAAGUUGUUUUUAUUAAACAAACUCUGAUAUUAAACCUGAUUUUUUUACACAUUUGAUUUAAAUAAACUGGAAUAAUGCUUUAAUAUUGUGUUAAAACUCUAAAAAAAUAUAUAAUUUACAUCUGGUAUGGUGGUUUUUCAAGCUAAUUUGUCGCUGUGGUCUUUCAGCUCCGUCUGGUUUGUGAUAAGACCUCAUUCCAUGUGAAAGCUCGAUCUGUUAGCUAGUCACUUUUCUGAUGAAACAUGACUGUUUUUUAAUGAUAGUGCAAAAAUGUUCAGCUUUUAUUCCAGAGUUUCCCUUUUUUUGAAAUUUCCUCCAUCCUUGUGCUUUUGUGCUGUAUGUUUAAUUUGUGUUUGUUACGUCUUUGCACAUGCAACUCAAUCUUCCUUUUCUGGCGUUUUCCUUAAAAAACACAUUUUCUCAGUAGAUCUUGUCUUUUAUUUUGAACCAGACAUAAUACCUCUGUUAACUAAGCAACACGUUCAAGCUAAACUUCUGUACAACUGCUGGUUAUUAAAAAGAAAAACAAUGAAACAAA